AUAAGCCGUUUGGAAAAUGGAUGGAUGGAUAUUGUAAUAAAUCUGACCUGGAUUGGGUUGGGUGAGAGUGAGAGUGAGGGCGUGUAAGUAACCCGAUGACUGAAAUAAUUCCGCUCUGUGCCUUUAAAGAGUGAAAGGUGCGCGAUCGUGGCCGUCCGCGCUGGGUAUUCCAAAUGAAAUAAUUAAGCGUACAAACCAAGGAUGUUUUUUUUUCAAUGGAGACUAAGUCAUGCAUCAGUUAAUUCAGUGGUAGCGUAUACAUGUUUCGUUUGUUAGGUUAUUUAAUGAUUAUCGGGAGAAGGAGUUGUAAUCGUUACGGAGGAUGAGCCGAUGCAUUUUCACGGCUUCAGCUCCGGGAUUCCGCAUAUCGGAUUUACCAUCUCGCGUGCAGCCUCGCGCAGCCUCCGCUUCGCAUUAACGUCGCGGGGCUUCGGCUUGUUACCGGAAGUUCAUUUUUUGACAACUGCAAAAAACAGAAAGGCUGCGGGUGUAUGUAAUGUAGCGUCAUGGUUUCUGGAUGCUCGGACACAUUCCUGCUUGUAACAUAGAUGAAUAGUUUGGAUGUUGAUAAUUAACUAGCUUUGGGGUCUGACUAAUUAUAGAUUUUUUCUGCCAACACAAAGGAGCACGCCGCCAGUGGAAUGGACAUGUCGGCAUUGUCUUUGUUUUUAGCGAGUAUUUUGCAUAUUGGGGAUACCCUGUCUCGUCUUGCCUCUGGUUUUUUGUAGACGCAGGGAGAAUAUGGAGGCAGAUAUGACAAUUUUGGAGAAUGAAAAGAAACGGUGACUUCACCGCCUCGUAAGAUGAAUGUCAGGCGCGCCGCAGUGAUGCUCAAUAUUACGAAUAAUAUCGCAUUUCAUUUCUUCUCUCAUGAAGCUUUAAUUUAAUUUUCCUUGAAAUCUAAAUGACAGCCCGUGCGCGUUAACAGGAGAAGCAUGAGUCCGCUUAUCGUUCAGACACUGGCAGUUUAUUUCCCAUGUCAUCUGAUACGUGAUCGGCGAAGGGAAACCGGGUCUGCUUGAUGUGGCUUGAUAGAGACCGAGUGAGGCUGGCCGUAUUGUGGAUGCACGGAUGGCGAAUACAAGCGAGCCGGGGCAAAGCGCCCCAUCGCUGCAGAAUUACGCCGCCACCGCAUCUGCGGUGAAGCUCGCUUCUCUGGGGCUGAUCAUCUGCAUGAGCCUGGCGGGGAACCUACUGAUAUCCUUCCUGGUGCUGAAAGACAGGAGUCUGCACAGAGCUCCCUAUUACUUUCUUCUAGAUUUGUGCUUGGCAGAUAUAGUGAGGUCUGUCGUGUGCUUUCCGUUCGUGAUGGUAUCCAUCAGCAGCGGCUCCAGCUGGACCUACAGCGUAAUAAGCUGCAAGAUCAUCGCCUUCAUCGCGGUGCUCUUCUGUUUCCACGUAGCCUUUAUGCUUUUCUGCAUCAGUGUGACCCGAUAUAUGGCAAUCGCACACCACAGGUUUUAUUCUAAACGGAUGACAUUUUGGACUUGCGUGGCCGUCAUCUGCAUGGUUUGGACCCUCUCUGUUGCAAUGGCGUUCCCCCCAGUCUUCGACGUGGGCACCUACAAAUUCAUAAGGGAGGAAGAGCAGUGCAUAUUUGAGCACCGAUACGUGAAGGCGAACGACACGCUGGGUUUCAUGUUAAUGCUGGUGGUCAUCGUGGGUACCACGCACGUUGUUUACGUGAAGAUGCUGUUUUUCGUUUACGACCAUCGCAAGAUGAAGCCUGCCCAGCUGGUCCCGGCCAUAAGCCAGAACUGGACUUUCCAUGGACCCGGUGCCACCGGGCAAGCGGCGGCCAACUGGAUCGCGGGGUUCGGACGUGGGCCCACGCCGCCGACCCUAGUAGGCAUUAGGCAGGCGUCGCACAAUCCCAGCAAGCGGCUUCUCGUCUUGGAUGAAUUCAAAAUGGAAAAGAGGAUCGGCAAGAUGUUCUACAUGAUCACUCUGGGCUUUUUCCUGCUGUGGGCUCCCUACAUCGUGGCGUGUUAUCUCCGAGUGUUCGUGAAAGCCGGCACCAUACCGCAGGUCUACCUGACUGCGGCGGUCUGGAUGACGUUUGCGCAGGCGGCAGUGAAUCCUAUUAUAUGCUUUAUAUUUAACAAGGAACUGAGGGUGCGCUUCAGAACGCGGUUUCCAUGCUGUCUCAGCACACAGACCCCCAUGGAGCCCUACUGUGUCAUCUAAACCUUCUGCGGUGUCUCUCUGGACUUUUUUUUUGAGCACUUUUGGAUGAUUUUUUUUCGCGGUAUGAAAGUUAUGAACAUUCUUUUGUAUUUAUUUAAUAACGUUAGUCAUGGUGAAGUUUCUUCCUGACUCUUCGUCAUUGAAUUUCUCUGGGUUAUUGCUCUGACAGAAUUCCUUGCAAUAGCUCGCCCGAAAUCCGGGCGCAGCUGACGUGGGAAAACUAUGUUUUUGUAAAGAUUUGUAUGCAUAUAUAUAUUUACCCAGUGACAGCACCAAAUGAUAAUCUCAUAAGGAAGGUAUCUCUCAAAAGUGUGCGUCAUUUCCGUGUAGGGGUUUUCUUGUUGGUGUAAAUGCUAAAGACUAAAUCUUUGCUUUCGUUAUUUUUUUUUCUCAGCUGGUGGGGAAAACAGUAAUGUUUGGCUAAUGUUCGAUAAGUCCAGCCCUUUGUGUGGAUAGACUUACAGUCAAAUCAAAUUUCACUUUUUGUGCCAGUGAAUAUAAUGUAUGGAUUUUGGAAAUGUAUUUGAAACGUUUCUUUCCAUAUUCUCUUGAGAUAAUGUAAAAUUUUGAUGAUGAAACAGUUCAUAUUAUAAUGGCCUGUGUGCUGUUAAAAUGUUUGCAUUGUUUGUACUCAAAAUAAAUCAUUACAAGUGAUUGGA